AUGGAAGGGAGGCAAUUGUUUGUGCCGGGAAGUGCUGCAGUCAGCGGCAGUGGUAGCGGUAGCGGUGGCGGUAGUGGUGACGGUAUACCUCUAGGGAGCCAACCAGGUCCCGGCGGCCUACCUGACUCCAGUGACCGUGACCGUGACCGUGACCGCGACCGUGGCCGUAGCCAUAGCCAUGACCACACCUCCGUCUCCGCCUCCGUCUCCGCCCCCGCUUCCGCCCCCGCGGACGUCUCAGCAUCCUCCCCUGACGGCGGAGUCACCGCGCCGCUUCCGGUACCUGACCGCUCGGUCCCGAACACAGCGCAGGACACGGCCACGACGAUCACGGUCAAGGCCACGGUCAAGGCCACGACCCUCCCUCUUGCUGUCCAGUCCGACUCUCUGCCUGCUUCGGCCAAAAUGCCAGCUAGCUCAUCCUCACUUUCACCUUUCUCUUCUUCUUCUUCACCUUCACCCAAACCCACAGCAACAGCAGCCAUAUCUACAUCUAGAUCUACAUCCACCGACAACGGCACCGGUAAUGGUAACUUCCGUUCCGCCGCCCGCCCCGCCGCCACUGUCAGAGCCGUCACACCGGAGCCGGCUGAAGUUACGUUCAAUAUGUCUGCAAAAAGCGGCAAGGCGAACACCGCAGCCCUGCCACACCGGCCAGGCGCAUUUCCCUCCAUCUCUCCCGAAACCUCGCCACGGUCCACCCCCGGUGCUGGCGGCCCUGUUGUGAGCAAGACGGCGCCCGCACCCGUCCCGGCUGGCAGUUCAUCUGGAAAUCCGUCUGGUCCCGUAGCAGCAACUCCGUCUAGCCUCCCCACGCGACGCCAGGGCAUGGUGUUCGGAGAGGGUAUGGGGGGGCUCUAUCGACAGCGCCUCGUCAAGCCUCUGCUUCAACCGCACUUCAACUCGUAUGGACCGCAAGACACUCACCACAUAGCAGCCGCGUCUGGACACAAGGAGAGGAAGUCAUCAACGACGAGGACCCGGCUUACCAAGAAGUCUGCCACCUCUCACCAUUCCUCUCCAUUAUCAUCGCCCCAGCCCUCAGUUGAUUCUUUGCCGUUGCCCGUCCCUACGCGAGAUGCCAACAAAGUCUUGCUGUUGAUGAAGAACCUGUGCGGUAGGAUGCGCGGCGAGGCUCAAUAUCUCAAAGAAAUUGGUGGCCCAUGGUACGGUGGUACAUGCUACAUAGACGAGGAGAAGGGGAGCUUGGUGAGCGACUCGGGAGAGGGUGGCUCUUGUUCUCACUCCCUCCUUAUGCCGGAUCUGCGUGGGUGCCGUGUGCUUCCCCUCAGUCGGAUGGAGAGAGGCGGCCGGCCAUCGCUGGAGAUUACCAGCCCGCAUCUCAAUCUCAGCAUCAUCUUGCGCCCUUCAGCGGCAGAAGAGUAUGAUCUGUGGCUUGCUGCCCUGCUGUGUUGGCAGCAGCUGCGGCCUUCCGGGACCAAGAAUACCAUCACAAGAUCAGGGAGUAGCGUUGCUCUGCCGCCGCUCAGGAGCGAGAUGCAGCGUCGGGCCUCCUCUUCCGGCCUGCGAGAGGCUACCGUCAUCAAGGUGGGCAGAGUUAUGCUCUGGGAUAAAGGUUUGGCUACCUCCCCGCGGGCCAUCGUCAAGCGUCCCUCAGCGCGAGAUUUGCGAAUACCACACAUGGCCUGGAAACGUGUUUCCUGCAUACUAUCCGACAACGGCGAACUCAAACUCAUGGCAGAGCAUGACGUCUCGCUUCUGGCCAUGAUCGAGUUGUCUCAGUUGUCCAGGUCAGCUAUACAGCAGCUCGAUAAGACGGUGCUCAACGAAAACUACUGUAUAGGUAUCUUCCCCAUCUACUCUCCUACCUCCACUCAACUGUCAAUUUUGCGCCCAGUGUACAUAUCCAUGGAGUCAAGGGUUCUCUUUGAGGCUUGGUUUGCCCUUCUCAGAGCGUUUGCCGUACCUGAUAUAUACGGGCUUGAUCCAACAAGCCGAGGCCAUGUGUACGAGGUCACCAACCUCAACUCGGCACCCAAAGGAGAAGUUUUCAGAGUCGAAAAAACGAUCAAAGUUAGGGUCACCGAGGCAAGGCUACGGAGCAGGACCUUUUCUCAGGAAGGAAGCAUGAUGGAGCGCCAAGGCAAAAAUACUGCAGAGCUGGACCCUGUCGUCGGGAAUUACUUCGCCGAGGUCAUACUGGAUGGCGAAGUUCGAGGCCGCACAUCAGCCAAAUCCAAUACCAAGAACCCUUUCUGGCGAGAGGAUUGCGAGUUUACCGACCUUCCUCCCUCCUUACCUUACUUAUCGGUGGUUCUGAAACGGAUCGUCGGCACCACUGAAAGUUUUAGCCACCAGCUUCAGGCCACUCUUGGCUUGCCGAAAGCCGGCCAGCUGAGCGAGGUGCUGUGCGGCGCUGUCGACAUACCCUUGCACCUCCUACAGCGCGGAAAAGACCACGAGCAGUGGCUCCAGGUGUUUGACGCACGACAGCAGUCGAUUGGAACAAUGCUUCUCAAGGUGCAUCACGAAGAGUUCAUAGUCUUGCACUCCAAAGAAUAUCAGCCUCUCUCAGAGCUCCUGCAUCGCUUUACAUCGGGGCUGACGACACAGAUAGCCGAGGUGAUGCCUGGAAACCUACGGAAGCUCGCAGAACUAUUCGUCAAUAUAUUCCAGGUCUCUGGAAAGGCAACAGAGUGGCUGGUGACCUUGGUAGAGGAAGAGAUUGACGCGAUAGGGAGCCAAACUGCGAGCAAGAGACCGCGGUUCAACCAGCGGCUGAUGUCCAGUGACUCAAUCUCCUCUGACGACAAACGGUCUACACUUGUACAAAUGCAAAGGACGCUCCCGGGCGAGGCGAGCUUGCUGUUUAGAGGAAACUCGUUGUUGACGCAGGCCUUUGAGUUGUACAUGCGACGCUUAGGCAAAGAGUAUUUGGAAGAGACUCUGGCAGAAAAGAUCCGUGAGAUCAACGAGCUCGACCUUGACUGUGAGGUUGAUCCGAGUAGAGUACAGAACGGUGACGAUAUACAGCAGCAUUGGGCGAAGCUCAUUGAGCAUACUGGCGCUGUGUGGCGCUGUAUCGCAUCGUCCGCAAACCGCCUGCCGCCCGAAAUUCGUCACGUCCUGAAAUAUAUACGGGCUGUUGCAGAGGAUCGCUAUGGCCACUAUCAUAGAACCGCUGCCACUGUUUAUACUUCGGUGUCCGGGUUUCUCUUCCUGCGUUUCAUCUGCCCAGCUAUCCUUAAUCCGAAGCUCUUCGGCCUCCUGCGCGACCACCCCAAACCGCGCGCACAACGCACCCUGACUCUCAUCGCCAAGAGCAUCCAAGCUCUAGCCAACCUCACCAACCUGAAUAGGGACACCAAGAAGGAGGCAUGGAUGGAGCCAAUGACCGAGUUCCUCCACAGGCAGCGCCAGCCAUUCAAGGAUUUUGCUGACGCCGUGUGCGCCAUUCCGGCCGAGAAAACCAGUACCGCCGUGCCUGCUCCCUACUCGACGCCCCUGACGAUUCUGGGACGCCUGUCACCCCUCGCUCGUGAGGGGUUUCCUUCGCUCCCGUACCUGGUCGAUCAUGCGCGCAACUUUGCGGCUUUGGUCAAGCUAUGGGCUAAAAUCCAUCCCGAGUCAGACUGGGACGCUUCCAACUGCGAAGGCGACCUGCUUCAGUUCCAUCGUCUAUGCACGACGCUCCACCAACGCGCAACGCACUGCUUCUCGCAGAUGGAGACCCGUCGAAGCGCUGGUGAAACUACCACCAAGCCACCGGAUGAACGGCUUCGUCUUUCCGAUGCUCUGGACAACCUGAGCUAUGGUGAUGUCCUUGGCAUGUCUGCGCGCAACAACGCGACUGGGACCUUUUGGGUAGACGGUGAGAGCAUGACGCCUGGCUCCUCAGGUAGCGAGGUAGAUGGGCCUGUUAUGGGAGGCGGCGGCAGUAGCAGCACAAGCAUUAGUUGUAGGGACAUACGGAACGCCUCGAGCGCGAUACGGCAAGGUUCCAAGAGCAGCGAGCAGCUGUCGUCCAUGUCGGGCGGGACUGUGAAGGGGUUGCGCAAUGGAAUGCAGGCGCCACGGAAAUUCCUUACAGGGUUCAUCCGUAAGACAAGGACGGCUUCACCCGAGCUCGGUACGGGAAGCAGCACCGGAUUCAUCACGGGGCUAAUGCUGCCUGAAGCAGGCAGCACCGACGAUGAUGACAACGACGAUGAUGAUGAUGACCUAUCUCUUGAGAGCAUGCUUGCUAUCGAUCUGGCGGACCAUCCGGCAGCACCAACCGCCGAAUACGUACUAAUGUCUCCAGACCUCAAUCGAGGGGAGGGGAUUGCCUACUUUGGUCCGUCUCGCAAGAAAACGACAGUGUCUACAAAAGCGGCGAAAGUGGCCUAA